AUGAAGUUCCUGGCGGUAUUAGCCGUUGUCGCGGCCGUCAACUUUAGUCUAGUGGUAGCUGACUACAUUACUAUCAAGGUCGCUGACAAGGAGUUCCUUCUUAAGCAGAAGAAAAUCUACAAUCUUCUCUAUUAUAUUUCGCAACCCUCUCUUGUGAAUCCUUUAUUGUACGAGGAAGGUCGUUCAUACAACAUCGAAGCUAACAUAGACUCGUAUACUAAUACGUCUGCAGUAAAGAAUUUUCUCUAUCUGUACAAAAAUGACAUGCUUCCUCGUGGCGAGCUCAACUCCUUGUAUUAUCCAAAACUUCAAAAGGAAACAGAGGCGCUAUUUUACCUAUUCUAUUAUGCUAAAGACUUUGACAUUUUUUAUAAAACGGCGCUAUGGGCACGUAUUUACAUAAACGAAAUGCAGUUUGGCGAAGCCUUAUAUACCGCAAUUAUAUUCCGUGAUGAUACUAAAUUCAUUCAGCUACCGCCUCCUUAUGAAAUGUAUCCGUAUGGAUUUUUCAAUUCUGAAGUACUCGAAAAAGCGCAUCAUGCAAAGCUCUUUGGUAAACUUGAUUCAAAGAAGUUUGGUGGCUACGACACCUACAUCAUUCCGGCAAAUUAUUCCGGAUGGUACAUGUCGCGCGAAUAUGAUCUAGAACACAAGAUAAAUUAUUUCACCGAGGAUAUUGGCCUGAACGCUUACUACUUCUAUUUGCGGUUAAACUAUCCGUUUUGGCUAAAUGGCGAAAAAUUUGGCAUACAGAAGGAUCGCGGCAUGAUUUAUCUUUACAAUCACAAACAGUUGCUAUCCCGUUAUUAUUUGGAACGGUUGUCUAAUGACAUUGGUAAAAUUGAAGAUUUCGAUUGGCACAAUGAGUUCUAUGUUGGAUACUAUCCAACAAUGACCUAUCAUAAUGGAUUACCGAUGCCACAGAGACCAUACUGGAGCAAAUUUCCCUACUAUAAAUACAAAUACAUAAAGAAUAUAGAAGAUAUGGAAUCUCGAGUAUCGGCAGCAAUUGACUCCGGAUUUGUCUUAGACGCAACUGGCAAAAUGAUCAAUAUCUACACACCCGAGGGUCUCGACAUCCUUGGUAAUAUUAUCGAAGGCAACAUGGAUUCUUGCAAUCCCGAAUUUUAUGGCAGUAUUGAUUACUUUGCGAGAAAGAUCUUUGGAUACAAUUUGGAGCCGUCAACACCGUAUCAGAUUAUACCUAGUGCUCUCGAGUUUUACAGCACGUCUCUAAGGGAUCCUGCAUUUUAUCGUUUCUACAAAAGAAUAUUAUUCUAUUAUUAUAGAUACAAAAUGCAUCAAAAACCAUACAACAAGAACGAAAUCAUUUAUCCCGAAUUGAAGAUCGAGUCCUUCGUUGUGGAUAAACUAAUUACCUAUUUUGAUCAAUUCGACACCUCAAUUAACAACGGUUUGAUAAUCGAUGACGCAAAGGAGGCUGAGAACACAUUGAUCAAAGUUCGUCAAUAUCGUCUCAAUCAUAAACCGUUCAGUUUCCAUUUUGCCAUCAAUGCUGAGAAACCUAUGAAAGCCGUGAUACGCAUUUUCCUCGGACCAAAAUAUGACAUUCAUCGCAAACCACUGGAUUUUUCUGAAUACGCAAAAUACUUUUAUGAAAUGGACAACUGGAUAGUCGAUCUGAACGCUGGAGUAAAUAAGAUUGUUCGAAAUAGUCAAGAUUGCUUCUUCGCCAUACCUGAUCCAGAAUCGAGCGAGAUAUUAUACAAAAAGAUACUCAAGGCCUUGGAUGGUUCCGAUUCUUUCUCAUACGCGGAAAGACUCUAUGGAUUCCCUGAGCGUCUGCUAUUACCCAAGGGCAAGAAAGAGGGAAUGCCCUUCCAAAUUUUUGCAUACAUUAACCCGGUCGAAGGAGAACUAAUCCCUUACAUAUCCCGCGUCUUUGGUAACUACAAAUAUGAUAACAAGCCGUACGGAUUUCCCUUGGAUAAGCCUGUUUACAAUUUCCGCUAUGAUGGAUCAAACAUGAUGUUGAAAGACAUUUUUAUCUAUCAUAAGGAUGAAACAGAAUUGAAUGUGACUUAUUGAUCGUGAUUAUUUACGUUAAAUCUAUUCUCUAUCAUUUGACUCAAUAUAAUCAUUCACAAAUCUAAAUGUGUAAAUCUAAAUAAAGUAUACAUAUUUUAUAUAA